GAACCGAGGGCGGGUUAGGGCUUCAAAAUGGCGGAGGGACAGGGAGAAAGGAGGGAAGCUUCUACUGCCAUUCACACUGGUUUAUUCACUUCCUCUCCAAAUCCACCCUUCACAGCUCCGUCGUCUCCGUUGAAGCGGAGUUUGAAACCGGGAAGAAAGAAGCGGUGCCGAAAAAAUGGCGCUAGCUUUCGACGAAUACGGGCGGCCGUUCAUCAUAAUCAAGGAGCAGGAGCAGAAGACUCGAUUGCGGGGUCUCGAUGCUCAGAAGGCCAACAUUUCCGCCGGAAGGUCCGUCGCUCGUAUCCUCCGGACUUCGCUCGGUCCCAAGGGGAUGGACAAGAUGCUCUCCAGCCCAGACGGCGACGUUACCAUUAGCCAAUGAUGGGGCAACGAUCUUGGAGCAGAUGGAUGUAGACAAUCAAAUCGCCAAGCUGAUGGUGGAGCUAUCUAGGAGUCAGGACUAUGAGAUCGGUGAUGGCACCACAGGUGUCGUAGUCAUGGCUGGAAGUCUUCUAGAGCAAGCUGAGAAGUUGCUAGAACGUGGGAUUCAUCCCAUUCGAAUUGCAGAGGGCUAUGAGUUGGCGUCGAGAAUAGCCGUUGAGCAUUUGGAGCGUAUUGCUCAUAAGUUUGAAUUUGGAGAGAAUAACAUAGAAUCGCUUGUCCAGACUUGCAUGACUACUUUGUCUUCAAAGAUUGUGAACAGAUGCAAGCGUAAGUUGGCUGAGAUCUCAGUCAAAGCAGUCCUUGCUGUGGCCGAUUUAGAGAGAAAAGAUGUGAACUUGGACUUGAUAAAAGUUGAUGGGAAAGUUGGCGGGAAGUUGGAAGAUACUGAACUAAUAUAUGGGAUAGUUGUUGACAAGGACAUGAGUCACCCGCAGAUGCCUAAGCAAAUUCAAGAUGCAAACAUUGCUAUUUUGACAUGUCCCUUCGAACCCCCGAAGCCAAAGACCAAGCACAAGGUGGACAUCGACACAGUAGAGAAGUUUGAGACUUUGCGUAAGCAAGAGCAGCAGUAUUUUGAUGACAUGGUUCAAAAGUGCAAGGAUGUUGGUGCAACUCUGGUUAUCUGCCAGUGGGGAUUUGAUGAUGAGGCGAACCAUUUGUUGAUGCACAGAAACCUUCCCGCAGUACGUUGGGUUGGUGGAGUAGAGCUAGAGCUGAUAGCAAUUGCCACAGGUGGCAGGAUAGUUCCAAGAUUCCAGGAGUUGACAGCUGAGAAGCUAGGGAAGGCUGGUUUGGUUAGGGAGAAGUCUUUUGGUACCACAAAAGAUAGAAUGCUGUACAUUGAACAUUGUGCAAAUUCCAGAGCUGUUACUAUUUUCAUUCGUGGAGGUAACAAGAUGAUGAUAGAAGAGACCAAGCGAAGCAUCCAUGAUGCCCUGUGUGUUGCUAGGAAUCUCAUCCGCAACAACUCCAUCGUGUACGGCGGUGGUUCUGCUGAAAUCGCUUGCUCAAUUGCUGUAGAAGCUGCUGCGGACAGAUAUCCUGGAGUUGAGCAGUAUGCCAUUCGAGCAUUCGCAGAUGCUUUGGAUGCUAUCCCUAUGGCACUAGCAGAAAACAGUGGGCUUCAACCCAUUGAGACUCUAUCUGCUGUGAAGUCCCAGCAAAUCAAGGAGAACAAUCCCCACUGUGGAAUUGACUGCAACGACGUGGGCACGACGGAUAUGCGUGAGCAGAACGUGUUCGAGACACUGAUAGGGAAGCAGCAACAGGUCUUGCUUGCAACGCAAGUAGUCAAGAUGAUACUGAAGAUUGAUGACGUCAUCUCUGCUGCUGAGUUCUAGUUCACCAUGUUUUGCUUUUUUCCCGUGGUAUCCUAGUUCCGAAAUGCAUGUUCUUAUUUAGCCUUGAUUACAAUGUGGUUCACUUGGUGGGAGAGUUUUUUUUUUGCGACUCUCAGCUUUGGCUUUUACUGGUUGUAACAUGUAUGUUGGCAUCAGUCGUUAGUUUAUGUAGUUGAGGAGCUGGCAUGGCGCUGAAUUUUGUUUCUUUGUUGUUAUGUAGUUGUGGUCCGUGACUUGCCUUGUCCAUUGAAGUAUAUUUUCUGUGCCGUCAAUCAAUUGAUGUCGUCGAGUUAUUUCAUUGCGCCAUUGGUUUGA